CAAAUUGAAGUUUAUUUUGGUUACCCUUACCUUACGUCAAAUUACUGUUAUAUGUGUUAUGAUACGAUUGUGAUAUUCUUUCUCUUCUGAACAAAGGAAAUCGUAAGAUGGGCAAAAUAUUUUUGGAUCAUAUUGGUGGAACUCGUUUGUUCUCAUGCGCUGCAUGUGAUGUAGUUUUAACAAAUCGUUCCGAAUUAAUCAGCACUCGAUUCACUGGAGCGACAGGCCGUGCAUUUCUUUUCCAUAAAGUGGUUAACCUAGUGUAUUCUGAAGUACAGGAUAGGGUGAUGCUGACUGGGAGACAUAUGGUUCGCGAUGUUUCUUGCAAAAACUGCACAACUAAGCUCGGUUGGGUCUACGAAUUUGCUACGGAAGAGAAUCAGAGAUACAAAGAGGGAAGGGUAAUCCUGGAAAGAGCAUUAGUAAAUGAAACUGAGGGCAUAGAAGAAAUUCCAGUAAAUAAUGAUGAUUGAAUUCCCCAAAAAGUCAAUUAACUUGAAAAUAUAUUGAGAAAGUGGUUACAAUUAGAUAUCCUUUUAUUGAUUAUGUAAUUUUUAAUAAUUGUAUUAAUUCUAAUAUGUACCAUAUUUAAAAUGACAAACAGCAAAUAAAACUGACAGAAUUCAUAUGUCAUAUGAGCUAAACUGAUAUAUAAGUUAAUAGUCGCUAAGGGCAUUAUCAAAAUUAUACUUUCAUAUAUUUUGUGGUAAUUGUAAAUACAAUAUUAUUUUAUAAUUUGUUGUUUUUAUAUAUUAUCUUGGUAAGUUUGAGUGAAGACAGCUUCUGACUAAUCUUACAAAUAGUAAUAAUCAACUGAAAAGAUAAAAAUUUUAUUGUAACAGUGUAUCAUAGUUAGGGCUGUCAGAUAAGUGAGAAUAAUACUUACAAUUUAUACUAAUAUUAUAAAUUCGAAACUAAGUUUCUCUGUCAGUUACUUUUAAGGCUAAACCGAUAAAAUGGUUUUGAUAAGUAUUCGUAACAAACGAAACAAACUUGAACCCAAAGGAAGCUCAUACCCUCUUUUUUUUGUGUGAUUAUAAGAAAAUAUGUAUAUAAGCUCUUAUGAUGCGAUAACUAAAUAUUUUAUGCACUCCCUGUUUUUCAUUAUGAAAAACAAAUAUGUUGUUAUAACUUAAUUAUAAAAAUAUAUAUAUUUGCCAUUGUUAA